CGGCUCCCCGAGUUGUGAAGGGGGCCCCUUAAUAACGCGACACCGCCGUAUGCUAGGCCGAGCAGUCGUUCCCGGGGACGCUAUAGUUCGGGAUGCUAUGGCGACGAGGGCCGUUGCUUUGGAUCUUAUCAGAGAGGCCUGGCGCGAUCAUAUAUUGGUCCCGGAAGAACGGUCCCUGGGAAGAAAGCGGAAGCGCGACUUCACCAGGAGCAAAGGAAACAAAACAGGUUUUACCACUUGUGAUGCGCACGACAGAUUAGGCUUAGCGCGAUUGACUUUUUGCUCAGGCUUGGCUCUGCCUAGGCCCAUUGGUCUUCUUACAAGAAUCUAUAGAUUAAAGUAAGCUCAAAGUUGUUUUAGGAAUGACACUUGGUGUAGGGGUUAGGGUGACAUGAUUGAUACAUACAGUGGGGAUUUGGUACAUAAAUACAAUCGGCAUACCUCCGAAGACCUCGUGUUCUCUUCCAAGAGAAGGUCUCUUUUCUUUUAGUCUUACAAGACCAAGAAAACCCAAUGUAAUUCAAAGAUUAGGUAUUAUAGAUAUACUUUUAUGAUACAGCUAGCACUAUGGAAUUGGUUAAACGUGUAUUAAGGCGUAGAGCAUGAGCUUCUACUACUCGAGGCUUAGCGGUGCGCUGAGCUAUGUUGCAGUACCCGGGUUGAGCUUGGG